AUGCCUUUGCAACCUACCGCCAGCACUGCCAACCGUCCGCGCAACCCCCGUGGCCCAAAAGGUGGCAAAACCCACCUCGACCACGACGAGCGUCGUUCCAUCUACGAAAGCCUACUUGCUGUCUCGUCCUCUGGCAUACUGCCUCGAGGUGCCAUUGUCAAGUUAGCCAGACAGCACAACUGCCACCCCGACACAGUGCAGCGCGUGUGGGCCCGUGGACAGAGCUCCAUCCGUGAAGGCCACAUCAGCGCCGAUGCACAUGGCCGAAUGUCCCCGGCUCAAGGCUCGUUCGAGUUACGUGAAUCCAUUUUUGACUCCAAGCAACAUCCAUGA